CAAAUACUGAUUAAUGGUUGAUUUAUGACAAGAUAAAGUAUUUGCGUGCAGUAAUUUUUCUUGCUACCUUUGUACUUCCUGAAGGAAGCGGGCACUGACAAGAGUGUCAGUGGGAGGGUUUUACUCCAGUCUGCACCUUCUAGCUUGAACGCCACGCAAAGCCCCGCAAUAUUGUGCCAUGGCAUCUCCACUGAGGAGUCUGGUGUAUGACGAUAGCAGGUACCAGAAGGCCUUCCAUCUUUUUUUGGAGUGCUCCUCGGAACAUCAGUGUAUGCAGGAUUUCAUCCACAAAAUCCUGCCAGACAUAUUGGCCAGCAUCGGAGAUGGAAAGUCCCAUCUUAAUAUCAUCGGAGUUGGGAGCGGUGAUGUGCACUGUACUGAUGACGGCAGGCCACAUUGACCUUGAGAUGUUCUCUGAGCUGCGUCUGAAGCAUCCGGGAGUGACGGUGGACUACCAGGUGGUGGAACCGAGCAGCCAGCAGCUUCAUAGCUACAAAGUGUUGCUAGCACAGAAGUCAGAUUUAGAUUACAUCACCUUUAAUUGGAACAAGAUGACCUCCGCUGAGUUUGAGGAGCAGUGGAAGUCAAAACAGACAACAAAGAAGGCCGACUUCAUUCACAUGAUCCAGAUGCUCUACUACGUCAAGGACGUGGAUGCGACCAUCAGAUUCUUCCAGAGUCUCCUUGACAAGAACGGGAAGCUUCUCAUCAUUCUGGUGUCUGGUGAAAGUGGCUGGGGGAAGCUCUGGAAAACCUUCAGUCCUCAGCUGUGCAUGUGCGAAAUAAGCCAGUGCGUGACAACUGCAGACGUCAAAAGCUUCCUGGAAUCAGAAAAAUUGAAGUACAAGAGCUACGCGCUGCCUUCUCAAAUGGAUAUCACAGAGUGUUUCACGGAGGGAGACGAGAAGGGAGAGCUGCUGCUCGAUUUCCUCACGGAAACUAAUCGCUUCAGUCGCACGGCGUCACCGCAACUCAAGGCUGAUGUGUUGAAGCUCCUGCGAGACCCUUGUUGCUCAGUGGAGUCCAAUGGGAGAGUUAUCUUCAAUAACACAUUGGAGGUGAUAAUUGUUGAUGCAACCAUAUAAAAGUCAUCAGAAAAUUCUAAAAAGAAAUGAAAUACUGGCUUUAUGAAGCCAUCUUACAAUAAUUGUUAUUCUGAAGGGAAGUCUCCUGGUUUGAUUUUUGUCCAAAUCCGAAUUUAAGCUUUUCAAUUGUAAUAAUUGUGCAUAACGUAUUUUUCAUGAGUAAAAUCGGAUUGUUAUGUAAUAGUUUUAAUCAAUUUUUAAAAUGUUCGUCAUAUAAUUUCCAGUAGAACUUGUAAAACAUUCCAGAACACUGGUCAACACUGACAAAUCUUUUACUAAUGGAACUGAUACGUUCCAGGGUUUUUCUAAGCAACAUGAUGACAUUCCUAGUCGGAUGGUAGAAGUGAUACUUUGAUGCCCUUUUCAAUCCCACGUCCAUAGAGGAAGCAGAUUCAGAUUCAUACGUACGUGGGCAGUUCCACCCCCAUGGCUGAGGUAUCUGGGGUGGUCAAAAUGCUUCCCAGUGGCAAAGCUCCGGGGGUGAAUUCCUGAAUUCCUCAAGGCUCUAAUGUUGAGGGCUGUCUUGUCUGAUUUAUCUCUUUAACAUUGCUUUAGUACCACUAUUUGCAAUUAACAACAUUGAAUUGCAACUAUCAAACUCGAAUUGGUGAUCCAACAACAAGAUGGUACAGUUAAACUCAAUGAUUGUUCAAUGACUGUUCAGAUGUUGUAUUAAUAUACAAGCAAAUAAA